CCCCCUUCCCGUCCGCACGACACACCUUCAUUUUACAGCUCAUUCUUUUUGUGUAGUAUCAUCAGUCUUCCCGCUUCGUCCCACAAUGAAUCGCCUGGUGUAUUUCCUUGCUGCCCUUCCCCUUCUCCUCGUCUUCACCACCAGCGCCGAUGCGGGCCCCGCCUGCGCCCGCAGAAACGAGGGCACCGACGCUUGCAUUGCGAAGUGCGGGAGCAAGUGGGGAUGGCCUGGAAGCGUCAUGGGCACCGACCGCUGGGGUCAGGUCCUCACGAAAACCACCACCGACGACAUGGGUGCCGUUGUGACCAAGGCAUGCCGCGUCCGAUCUACCGGCCUUGCUUCGGCAUCCACCACGAGCAUCGCCUCUUCCACCUCGGUCGUAUCAUCACCCACUGUCGCACCUGCGAAUGUCAUAGUCUCAGCCUCAGUCUCCACCGUCACCCCCUCCUCCUCUUCCUCAGCGUCCCUUCGCGCUCUCACCAAAUCGAGCUCCGCCUCUAAGAAGGUCUCACUUGCGCCGCUCGUAACUAGCAGCACUGCUCCUGCUACCACCACGCACUCGACUACGUCUGUCAAGCCCACGACGACGUCGACGAAGCCCAAGCCCGCGCCCGCCACCACCUCUACCUCGUCCACAGAAGCGCCUUCCCCGCCCCCAGAGACCACCACCACCACCAAGAAGACCACCACGAAGCAGGCCGCACCCACCACCACCGCCGCCAGCACCCAGUCGCAGAGCAGCAGCGGCGACAGCGGCAGCUCCAACAAUAACAACGGUAACAGCGGCAACAGCGGCUCGAGCAGCACCGGCAGCGGCAGCUCGAGCAGCAGCGGCGCCACUUCCCAGAGCGACAUCGACCAGUACCUGUCGGCGCACAACACUAUCCGUGCCCAGCACGGCGCCUCGCCCUUGACCUGGAGCGACGACCUUGCCGCGAAGGCGCAGCAGUGGGCCAACGGCUGUGUCUUCCAGCACUCUGGCGGAACCCUCGGACCCUUCGGAGAGAACUUGGCUGCUGGGACUGGCAGCAGCUACGGCAUUGCGUCCGCCGUCAAGUCCUGGACCGAUGAAGUUUCCGAGUACGACUCGAGCAACCCAGUGCCCUCCCACUUCACCCAGGUUGUGUGGAAAGCAAGUACCCAGGUUGGCUGCGCCGUGCAGUCGUGCAACGGCAUCUUCGCCGCCAGCUUCGGGCCUGCCAAGUUCUUCGUGUGCGAGUACUCUCCUCAGGGUAACGUCAUCGGCCAGUUCGGCCAGAAUGUCCAGGCAUGAGCAGAGAGACGCCCUCGUUUCAUUUCUUCUUCAUUCGCGCCGCCGGUGCAUCAGGAAUGUACGACGUGUCUUUUUAGUAGUUCUUUUGCAUUCUGCCUUCUUGCUGUAUCAUCCUUGUCGAGUCGCUCUCCUUCUUUACUCUAGCUACUUCAAUGAACGUGUAUCACCAUCUC